AUGGGCUAUAGCACCUGGUGGAAGCGGCUGUCAGCCAAACAGCUCAACAUCGCCAUACAAACCUUCUCUCUCAUCAGCAUUCUCUUCGAAGGCUAUGACCAGGGUGUUAUGGGCGGUGUCAACGCCUCGCCAAGAUAUGUUGAAACAGUCGGGAUUGGUCUCCCCGACGGCACUGUCACGGAUACUCUUCAUCAGGGAGGCAUCGUCUCGGUGUACUACAUGGGCUGCAUUGCGGGUUGCUUUGGUGGAGGUUGGGCGGCGGAUCGGAUCGGCCGUAUAAACGGUAUUUUCAUAGGAUGCAUGUUCGCCUUGGUCGGAGGGGCUCUUCAAGCCGCAACGCAAUCCAGCGACUUCAUUAUCGUUUCCCGAGUGGUCACAGGCAUUGGCACUGGGGCGUUAACGGGUAUAACACCGGUGAUGGUCGCGGAAACAUCCACAGCAGGACAUAGAGGCGGCUUCCUCGGCUACGUCUUCAUUGCCAAUUACCUCGGUAUCUCCGUCGCCUACUGGCUGUCGUUCGGACUUGCCUUCAUCGAUGGUGGCUACUCGGAAGUUCGAUGGCGAUUCCAACUAGCUUUUCAGUGUUUUCCCGCCCUGCUUCUCUUGCUCGGAAUCAAGAUGUUGCCGGAUACACCUCGGUAUUUGGCAUCAGUCGGAAGGUUUGACGACGCGCGAAAUGUCAUCGAGUCUGUUCGUGGAGGAUUCGGCCCCGAGGUUGAAAGAGAGUAUCUUGAGAUCAAGGCUGUUGCGGAAGAGAGUACAAAAUCUUCGCCCAUAGAGUUCAUAAAGAUCCUGAUUGGAAAAGGGCCUAAGCCCGGCUUUAAUCUUGGUCAGCGCGCCUGGUUAUGUUUGUUCCUGCAAGUCAUGGCAUCGUGGACCGGCAUUACGGCCGUAACGGCAUAUUCUCCGGUUCUCCUGUCGCAAGCCGGAUAUACCAAAUUAACCCAGAACGGACUUGCUGGCGGCCUGAACACCAUUGGUAUCAUCGGCACCAUCGUCAGUGCCCAGAUUGUUGACCGUCUCGGUCGAAGAACAUGUUUGAUGGGCGGCGCUUUUUGCCUCUUUGCCGUGAACCUAAUCGCAGGCUCACUCUACGAAGCUUCUCGUGCCAAUCCUGACAGAGCUACUCAAUUUGCCCCCGCUGCUGUAGCAAUGUUAUUUCUUUUCAACCUGUCAUAUGCGGCUACAUGGGGAACAGUUGCGUUUCUUAUCCCAACGGAAGUUUGGUCAUCUGACUUGCGUGCGCAAGGCAACGGGUUUGGAAUCACCGGUUGGGCUAUUGGUGUUGGAAUGACCACCCUUGUGAACCCGAUCAUUUUCGAAGUCUUGGAGAAUCGGACGUACUUCCUAUUCGCUGGCCUCAACCUUAUUUGGGUGCCCAUUGUGUAUCUGUUCUAUCCCGAGACCUCAGGCCGUUCCCUUGAGUCGAUUGAUGCACUCUUCGCUGCAAACAGUGCCUUUACAUGGGACAUGGAGCGGAGCUACUUGGCUCACAGUGACGUUUUGGCUAAUCGUGGGCAUGGCAAUGAAGGGAAUGUCUUCAUCGGCAAAACACACGCCAAUCCUGCACAGACAGGGGCUUGUGGAAUUUAUGAAAUUCAUGAAUUCAACAUUGACUCUCGUUUUGCGGUGCCCAAACGGAUUUACGACGUUGGAAAUAUCGAAUUCACGUGCAAGAUUUUCAGCAACCAAAAGUAUUCUGGGCCACCUGGCGUCCAUUCAGACAUACUCAUGGCCGAUGGCCGAGUCCAGAUGGUCCAAAGAGAGAUUCUCGACAGGUACAGACGUCCCGUGGGAGAGUACAUAGCAGAACGUAUUGGACAGCUGAACCCCGAAGAGCAUGUGGAGCGCGACUUGCUCUACCUAGCAUGCGAUCCCAGCGGGUGA